AUGCCUCCUCAGAAACGAAAAGCCGCGAACAAUUCCAAGGGCGCCGGAGAUGCCAAUGACUCCCACCCGGUCGCCAAACGCGGCAAACCGGACCUGACGCGUCCCCACCCCCAUGCUCAGCAGACGGAAGAAUUUGGCAUCGUGUUGCGCGACUUUUACCCCCCUGAGAUGAAUAACGAACGCUGCGCCGCCUACAAUAACGGCACGCUAGAGCGCCCGAUUGAAACGUUGCAGAAGGCAUAUGAGGAUACACAGGAGGAGCGGCAGGCUGUCCAGCCCGGUAGAGCUGUUGUACACUGGUUUAAAUCGGAUCUUCGCUUGCAUGACAACCGUGCGCUGCAGAUGGCCUACCAGGUGGCGCGCGAGCAUGACAUUCCGCUUCUAACACUCUACAUCUUGUCGCCGGAGGAUCUGACCGCGCACUUAGCCAGCCCAGCGCGCGUGGAUCUAACCCUCCGCACCCUGGCUCAGCUUCAGCGAGACCUGGGGGAACUGGACAUCCCCCUGUACAUGGAGACGCGCCAGAAACGCAGUGGGAUAUCCCAGCGUAUCCUCGAUCUGUGCCAGGAAUGGGGUGCCAACCACCUAUUCACGAAUCUUGAGUACGAGGUGGACGAACUGCGCCGCGACGCCACUCUGAUCCGGCUGGGAGCGAAGAACGCCAUCAAAAUUGAAGCGGCCCAUGAUAGCUGUGUGGUCACACCCGGCCAGCUGGCGAGCCAGCAGGGAAAGCAGUACGCGGUGUACACACCGUGGUAUCGCUCAUGGGUCGCCUUUUUGAAGGACAAUCCGGAGUGCUUGGAGAUGAUCGACGAGCCCGGGACCAACCCGGGCAACGCUCGCAAGGACUACCAAUCAUUGUUCGACUGCGAAGUGCCUUCUGCCCCUGAUAACAAACAGAUUUCUGUCGAUCAGCGUACGCAUCUGCGCCAACUAUAUCCGGAAGGAGAGCACGAGGCGCUCCGCCGGCUGGAGGCAUUUCUCGACGACAAAGUCCGACAGUACGACGACGGACGGAACAUCCCAGCGCAGCAAAAUACGUCCGUUUUGAGCCCGUACUUCGCGUCCGGGUCGCUCAGUGCUCGAACUGCGGUCGCGAAGGCGCGCCAAUCCAAUAAAAACCAGCUAGAUCGUAACGAUCCCGGGACCAUGGCCUGGAUCAGCGAGGUGGCCUGGCGUGACUUUUACAAGCAUGUCCUUGUCCACUGGCCGUUCAUCUGUAUGAACAAAUGCUUCAAGCCCGAAUUCACGAAUAUCGAAUGGGAGUACGAUCACGACCAGUUUGAGGCGUGGUGCCAGGGGAGAACCGGCUUCCCCAUCGUUGAUGCGGCCAUGCGACAGCUGAAUCAAGAUGCCUGGAUGCACAACCGCUCGCGCAUGGUGGUCUCCUCGUUUCUUUCCAAGGACCUCAUGAUUGACUGGCGACGUGGUGAGCGGUACUUCAUGGAGAAUUUGGUCGACGGCGAUUUUGCCUCCAACCACGGCGGCUGGGGAUUCGGAUCCAGCACGGGGGUUGAUCCCCAACCGUACUUUCGGAUCUUCAACCCGUUGCGCCAAAGCGAGCGAUUCGACCCGGACGGCGCGUAUAUCCGUCAAUGGGUCCCAGAGUUGCGCGAUAUCGAGGGUGCCGCCAUCCAUGAGCCUUAUAACCGGGGCGCGGGCAAGAUCGCGCAACAGAACGACUAUCCGCGGCCCAUUGUUGACCAUGCCACGAGUCGGAACCGGGCGUUGGAUCGGUACAAAAAGGCCAUCCAGGGGCAGAGACAGGCGUCGUCUCCACCGAAUUGA